AUGGCACACAAGAGAGCUUCUAAUGGCUCGCGCCUUCUGAAGGAGGAAAGUGAUUUGAUGGUAAUACGACCUCUAGGUGCUGGCCAGGAAGUAGGACGCUCCUGCAUCAUGCUUGAAUUCAAAGGGAAAAAAAUCAUGCUCGAUUGUGGCAUCCACCCGGGAUUAUCCGGCAUGGACGCACUUCCGUUCGUCGACCUUAUUGAUGCGGAUCAGAUCGAUCUGCUAUUUAUUUCUCAUUUUCAUCUGGAUCACUGCGGAGCAUUACCAUGGUUUUUGCAGAAGACUUCAUUCAAAGGCAGAUGUUUCAUGACACAUGCUACUAAGGCGAUCUAUAGAUGGAUGCUGUCCGAUUACAUCAAAGUCAGUAAUAUUUCCACCGAUCAAAUGCUCUACACCGAAGCUGACCUAGAGGCAAGCAUGGAAAAGAUCGAAACGAUAAACUUUCACGAAGAACGUGAUAUCUUGGGAGUACGAUUCUGGGCCUAUAACGCAGGGCACGUUCUUGGGGCUGCAAUGUUUAUGAUCGAAAUUGCAGGUAUACGUGUACUCUAUACUGGCGACUUUUCGCGACAAGAAGACCGGCAUCUGAUGGCAGCCGAAAUACCGGCGAUGCGGCCUGAUGUGCUUAUCACCGAAUCAACGUACGGUACACAUAUCCACGAAAAACGAGAAGAUAGAGAAAACCGUUUCACCUCGCUUGUACAGAAGAUCGUCACCCAAGGUGGGCGAUGUUUGAUUCCGGUGUUUGCUCUUGGCAGGGCGCAGGAGCUGUUAUUGAUCCUGGAUGAAUACUGGAGCCAGAAUCCGGAUCUUCAAGAGAUACCGAUCUAUUAUGCUUCAUCGCUUGCGAAGAAAUGUAUGGCUGUGUAUCAAACGUAUAUAAACGCAAUGAAUGAUAAAAUCCGCCGACAAAUCGCCAUAAAUAAUCCAUUCGUGUUUCGGUUCAUUUCGAAUCUAAAAGGUAUUGACCACUUCGACGAUGUAGGCCCUUGCGUUGUUAUGGCAUCGCCCGGCAUGAUGCAGAGCGGGUUGUCAAGAGAGUUGUUCGAAUCGUGGUGCACGGAUCCAAAAAAUGGCGUCAUAAUCGCUGGCUAUUGUGUCGAGGGAACGCUAGCGAAGACGAUCUUAUUCGAACCAGAAGAAAUUACGAGCAUGAAUGGACAAAAGUUACCGCUUAACAUGUCUGUAGAUUACAUCUCUUUUUCGGCUCACACUGACUACCAGCAAACGAGCGAGUUUAUUCGACUUUUGCAACCUACCCACGUGGUACUGGUACAUGGGGAGCAGAAUGAGAUGGGACGUCUCAAAUCUGCUUUAAUGCGAGAGUAUGAAGCCAAUGCAAAGGUCCAAAUCACUUUUCAUAAUCCGCGUAACACGCAACCUGUCGAGUUAUAUUUCCGUGGUGAGAAAACUGCAAAAGUAAUGGGAACGCUAGCUGUUGGCGAGCCUGCGGAUAACCAGCGCUUAAGCGGUGUUUUGGUUAAACGGGAAUUCAAGUACCAUCUACUUGCUCCUACGGAUCUUUCUAAAUACACAGAUAUGAGCAUGUCGAUUGUUACACAAAAGCAAAGCAUUCAUUGGCCUGGAUCGACAGUUGUAUUAAAGUUACUACUGGAACGCGCUGGAGGACCAGGAUCUGUUACUGACUGCCCAUUGAUCGAGGGUAGUACUGCUACAGCCAGAUUACGUGUGUGUGAUUGCAUUGAACUAACGGCAGAUGGAAAGAUUGUAACACUAGAAUGGCAAGCAACCCCAGUGAAUGAUAUGUACGCCGAUAUGGUGAUGGCUUGUCUUCUACAGUGCGACAUUGCCGGUAGCAGCGUCGUCGGGACACGGAUGUCGAAGGUGGAUGAGAAACACUACCAAAAUUGUCUAAUCGAGACGCUUCAGGACUUAUUCGGGGAGCAAUCGAUGGACAAGUUCAUCGACUCUGACAAGUUGACGGUGACCGUUCGUGGCAAGCGGAUUGUAAUUAAUUUGCAGACUCAUGAAAUUGAGUGUGAUCAGGAUGAGCAAUUGUACCAAACGGUUUACAUGACCGUAAGGAAGUUACGACAAAGUUUACUGCUGUAA